AUGACAUUUAAUCCAGAAAUCGUCGUGUGCGAUGCGGCGGAGGAACUGAGCCGUACGGCCUGCAAGAUGAUCCUCGACAUCGUGGGCGCGGCGGAGCGCAAGACGUGGCCGUUGUCCAUUGCCCUCUCCGGCGGCUCCACGCCGAAGAUGUUGUACACACGCCUGCACGACGAACAUCUACCGCUGCUGCGGGAGGAGCGCGCGCUGCGCUUCUUCUUCGGCGAUGAGCGGCUUGUCCCUGCCGAUACCGCUGAUUCGAAUUACAACAUGGCGAAGCAAGCACUGCUGCGCGACAUCCCCGACGACCUCGUGGUGCCGUUCGAUGUGAGUGGUCUCCACGCAUCACCGCAGGCCACACGCGCAGACGCCGAGAAUGCAGCAAACGCAUACGAGAAGCGCCUCGCCGCGCUGCUCCCGCUGUGCGCAGUGGAGGGGACGGACGCGCAGGUCCCCGUCUUCGAUAUCGUCCUUCUCGGGCUGGGCGCCGACGGGCACACCGCCUCCAUCUUCCCAGGCACGCAGGCUGAGCGCGACGAUCACCGCGCGGUGAGUGUGAGCUUUCCCAGCGCAACGAUGCGUCCGCAGGUGUGGCGAGCCACACUGACACCAGCGGCCAUCACGCAUGCGCGCCACGUCAUUGUUCUGGCGACGGGCAACGAAAAGAAGUGGGUGCUGAACGGCAUCCUGGCAGAAAGCCCCGCGGAGGCCCCCGUUUCACGGUUUCUUCGCAGCUGCAAAGGAAAGGUCACUUUCGUGGUCGACAGGGAUAUAUCACUGGGGGUGCCGCAGUAG